CUCCGCUGCUGGCCCCCAAUCUUGCUGUUGAGGAAGGCACUGGUUGCAGUUAGGAUUUGGGUUGUGGAUCCACACAGUGUGGCUCACAAUGCCUCAGGCCCGCCACCGGGUCAGCCAGUCAUGUUCCUCUUCUUGGCUGCGCUUCAAGCAAAACCUCAGGUCUGUCCCACCAGCAGCCCCUGCAUGCCCAUCCCAUCAAGUGCACCGGAAUCACGAAAAGGGGUCAGCAACGGCAGAGAGCAGUGGAAGCAUCAGCGACAGCAUACCGCCCGGUCUACAAUACAAACUCAUAGCUUCAGAGUUCAGCCUUGAGCGUCCCAGCUGGCAGCCGAGCUUGCAUUGUUGUGUGUUCCGAGUCUUGCGAAGAAGAGACCAUAUCGCUGAACCCAUUUCGUCAACGUUAAGAUAUCACUCAUCGAUUGCAACCCCGGACCGAAGAGACUUUCCCCCUAUCCUCCAACUAAAGGUUCCAGCCUCAGGACCGGCCGACAAUCGCCUUGUUCUCAGGUUUGAGCCCCAGCUGAGCGAGCUGCCCAAUACCCACCUCAUGCUGACUCUGAGUACCAUCAGUGUACACAACAAGUCCCGGAGACUUAUCAAAACCGGAUGGAUGGUGUGCGGCUCGUCCAACCAUCGCGAUCUCGAACCGGACGAAACCUGUCACCUCACCGCGGUGGAACGAUUGAGGAUUAUUGAACGGCGGAAUAAUAUCGGAAGUGUGGGGCUUCCGCGGCAAAUCAGCGUCCGCACCGAAUUAUGUCGCGGAAUCGCGUUCGAGCCCCGGUCAGACCACGCUCGCCCUUUUGACUGUUGCCGGCCAGGCAAGUGGACAUUGCGUCAGGCACUCUCGGCACUGUGCAAUCUGGAAUCUGCUUUCUCCACCGCAUCUUCGCACUUCCCUGCUUUUUCUCUUCCCAAAAGUAACAACACGGAUCUGUCUAACGCCAACAAUGCUUGCGAUCGACACUGCAUCAGGUUCUAGACGGCACCG